UAGAUACCCACCACUACGUUUAACAUCUCCCCGGAUGAGUCCGAGUUUUAGAUAAAAAUACUGUUGUAGUUUGUGAGAUUUUAUAUUAUUCAUAAUAUUUUGGAUGAACCUUUGUAGAUGAUGUGAUCGAAUUGGGAUUUUCGAUGUGAUUUCGCUGGGAAUCAUGUGAUGCAACUGGCCUCCAGAGCCGGACGGUCCCGUGAACUGGCGAAGACGGGUACCUACGGGCUAGUCGGUGGUCAGUGAAUAUCACAAGUAUCAUCGCCUUUAGCCAUCACCGCUGUCCAGUAAACUGGUCGGUCAGUUUUUACCCCAAGGAAACAGAUCCACGCUAGUGAUUGUUCAUUAAAGUUGAAGACAAAGAGAUUCCGUUUCCAAGGAACUCUUAAACGGCUCAUCCGGGGAAUGAUAAAGGACCUCCUCAUCAUCUACAAGGGUUCAUCCAAAAUAUUUAACGAGGACAUUUCGAGAAACAUUAUAUAUUUUUCUACAGAAGAGAACAAAUCAACUUUUGACAGUUAAAGAAAACAAGACGAAAGGAAAACCUCGACGAACGAAUAAAGCAGCAUUAGCAUUAGAAGAUAACACGACUCACCGUUUUUAUGAAAAGAUUAAUCUCCAUAAUUUAUAGCUGAUCAAGAUUUGGAUACAUAAAUCGCCAAAACACCUUGACACAGAUUGAGACGCACGUGCAUCCAGUACUGGUCAUCUCUUCCAAAACUGCUGGUCAUCUCCUGGUCAUUCAUAUCUAUCAGUUUGAUAAUCUGUACAACCGCACGCGCUACUGAGACGUCCGCACGUGGUAACGACCUUUGACUAACUGAACUGCAAAGCGGUGCUGUUGUACAUACCGAAGUCUCCGGCCUUAAACAGCGGGGUACAAACAGACCCGGGACAUACUUCCUAAAACCACAGGGAACUCCACACCAGUAUCGGGACAACUUUAAUCUUUGCCUGUGCACCUGAGAUAUACCUGGAUAUUUGACACAAUGGGUGUUGUUGCAUUGUCUCUUAUCCUGGUAGUGCUUGUGCUAUUAUACAGGUAUCUACAGAAAGUCUACACAGUCUUUGAGAGAAUCAACCUGCCAGGACCUAAACCUAAGUGGAUCAUCGGGAACUUGAAGGAAUUCAAAGACAGGAACCCGUUGGAAGUCUUCAAAGAGUUCAGAAAGAAAUAUGGAAACAUUUACGGGUUCUUUGAAGGUUUCCGACCUAGCAUUGUGGUCAACGAUCCCGAAAUGACAAAGGAGAUACUGGUCAAGCAUUUCGACAAGUUCGACGUACGACCGGUGUACAACCCGUUUACGUACUAUCCUGAUCACCUGAACCUUUUUACUACAUCCGGGUCUUUAUGGAAACAUCAACGAGCCAUUGUUGCUGCAGCCUUCAACAGAGCAUCAAUGGAGAAAGCAGUUGAGAAGAUCAAGGCCACCUCCGAUAUUUUCCUAGCAAAGCUUGCUAAGAUGGUUGAGAGUAAUCCAGAUGGUUUCAAUAUCGCCUCAUUGCUGGACAGAUUCACGUUGGACGCCUUCGCCUUGUCAGCAUUCAACUAUGAGGUAAAUAGUAUGGACAACUCCGAUGCCACUCUUUACCAGUUUAUGACGGAGACUCUGGAUGCUGCAUCUACAGAAAACCCCUUAACAGGAAUUGCUAGAGUUUACGGAAGCCUGACCCCAUUCCUGAAAAUCUUUGACUACAAGCAUAAGCGUGUCCAUAUGGCGCACGUAGAAAGGAUGAGAAAUCUUGUACAGAACACUAGACAGGAGAUUGAGAUGCAGGAAAAGAGUUCGGUGAAAAUGAAUGACAACCUCAUCAACCACAUUAUCAAUGGCACAAUCAGGAGUCGCGAUGAGGAGGGCAAAUUGGCUCGUCGGUCACUCGAUGACGAGGAGAUCAUUGCACAUCUGCAUUCACUGGUUGGUGGAGGAAGCGGGACUCUUAAUGCCUCUCUCGAAUUCAUAGUGCAUUGUCUCGCUAUGAACCAGCCAGAACAACAGAAAGCAUUUGACGAAGUUUUCGGGCAAUGCGGACUCAAUGAACAUCCAACCGCAGCGGCCCUGAAAAGCAUGGAGUAUUUGGAGAUGGUGAUGAACGAAGCCCUUCGUCUCUACCCAUGCGCACCGGGAACUGCGCGGAUGUGUACAAAGGACUGUACGAUCAAUGGCGUAAAAUUCAAAGAGGGGAUGAUGAUUCGAGUAAUGGCCUACACACUCUAUGAGGACGAGGAGUGUUUCCCUCAGCCACACAAGUUCAUUCCUGAAAGAUUCAGCACGGCUGCAAGGAGGGAGAGGCACCCAUACAUGUUCAUUCCCUUCGGUCAGGGGCCACGAAUCUGCGUGGGCAUGAAGUUCGGCAUUAUGCUCGUCAAAUUAGCUAUGGUGAAAAUACUGCAGAAAUACGUCAUCGUACCCUGUAGUAAAACACAGGACCCUCUGCCCUCUGUUCUUAGACCGAUGCUGGCGCCACGAAAUGGUGUGUUUAUCAAACUUUUGCCACGCCGGACGGGGCCGCCUGUUAUAUCACAGGGUUAAAUCAGACCGGAAAUGACGUCAAUACAUGUACUGAUGUUCUUGACGCUCUGAAACCCCGUGACAGGCCCAGUCACGUGCGCUCCGAUAGCGGACCGACAGAGGACGGACUGUCCGUCCGGCCAAUGUAGGGAACAUAUUAUAGGCACAACCUGCUUAUAGAUAUGUCCUAUAGCCGCCUAGUAAUGGCAGAAUAAUACUGGGAUAUAGUUUUCAACAUAAAUGUUUAAUUGUAUUGAGCAUCCUAAUCAUUUAUUCCAAAGUUAUUAUCAGCUAUAAUGUAUUCUGUAUCUACCGAAAUGAAUGAAACUGUGAUUUAAGUUAAGGAGGUAUGCGAUACUUCAACGAGGCUAUAUGGACGACAAAAAAGGCAACAGACGUCAUCGCGAUAUACCUACGCGCCACAAAAAGCGGAUGAUGGCCACCGUCACGGUAAUAUCCUGAUGACGGAGCUGUACGUUAUAAAAUCCCCUGCUGCCUUUGAAGAACGAAAGAACUAUUCAUGUUAAAAGUGUACUCGUUGAACAUUGCAAGAACGACAUGUGUUAUUAACACUGUGUGCUUAAUUACAACCAGACACGGAUUAUAAGAGAACGAAGUGAGUAUUGUUUUGUCAUAGUGGUCAAUGUAAGUGACCACUGAUGUCCGGACGUUGUAUUUGUCCAGUUCGGCGUUUAAUGAUUAAGCGUCACGUGAUGUGAUUGUUAUGAUUGUCUUACAAUCAGCAUUUUUGUUCUGAUCUACCGAAUCAUUUUUACAUUAACAUAUCCCUAUAUACGUGUGUUACUGUGACGUCAUAUGCCUUCCGGUACGUCUGUAAUAAGACAGGUUAAGGAAAUAUAAAUAGCUCUUUACGUUAUCGUACUUGGCCCAGUGUUCAAAAGGUGAUUAGGGUAAUCACAGUUUAAAAAUUAUUUUGGAAUCCCGAUAAAAUCAUUUUCGGUAAAAAUAACAAAAUUUUAUGAGACUAUUACAGAGCUCAGUCUCUGCCUACCUGCCUAUUUUAAGGAAUAUACAUACACAGGUAUUGAAGUAAAGGUGAAAUGACAUUUUCGCUUAACAAGUGAUUAAGCUAAUUACCUUUUGAAUAACUGGGCUCUGGAAGAUCUUAGCAUAUCAAAACAUUGCCCUGUGCUGUGAGGUUACGAUAUGUAAGAAAUGUUACUGAAAUCACUUUCUUUUUGCGUGAAUCUUAUUCACAAUUUUUCUGUAAAUUUUCUUCGAAAACAAACUCUCGCGAUAAGACAUACCGUUCGAGUAUUUUUUUUCUUUUUAAAUACCCAUUUGGAAAAUAUUCACAAGAGAAUUUAUUCACCAACGAAAAAUAGUGUGGGUAAACGCGAAUAUAAGAUCCGCCAAGAAAAAGUGAUUUAUUGUAAAACAAGAGCUUGAUUGUCGAAUAGCAAUCCUACCUGGAGAAUUGUUAAUUUUGAUAUAAAUCAUAUGCAGAUGAAUUGUUUUACAGACCAUUCGUGAACAAUGUUAAUAUAUUAUUAUGUAUAUAUAUGUAUAUAUAUAUAUAUUAAAACGACAAAUCGAUAAAGAUAAAUAAAAUUAACGCACUAUUCAGCAUAACCGAAUCAAAAUCAAUGUGUAGACCUAGCACAUAUUUUUUUUAAUUUGUGAAAUAUUUUCAGAUAAUUUGUAAACGUGUCGAGGAAAAAUCUUCACUUGCGAAAAUCUUUCAGUUACAAUAGACAACAACAAGGUUUAUUUUUUAAAUCAGUGUCGUUAUACAGUGAAACAUCGUUAUCUCGAAGUCAAUCCGGUUUUUUUAAAACUUAUAUCCAGAGUAUUCGAAGUAACCGAGUUUAUACAUUUUAUAUGAUUUUAACUGGCAGAAUUGAUUUUUUAUUUCGAAAUAAGCAGGGUCUUUGAGUUAUCAGAGUUCAAGAUAAUGAGGUUUGACUGUAUUUCUAACAAUAGAUGAUCCAUAUGGAACUGCUAUAAAUCAAUGGAGCAUUUUUAAAGUUAAAAGAAACAAUGACAAAAUAAUGUUGUAUAUAAAACGCGUUGCCAUUGUUGGCUUCAGUGAAUCCAUGGCGAUUUAUCUUUUGUCAAAAUCAAAUUAUUGUAUGUAUUGUUGGUAUAUAAUGUCCUAUUGUUUCUUACCCCAGUUGAUGAUAUGAUCUACCGAAUUUCAAAGAAAUGUGAUUGACGGGUACCUGUUCCUUAUUAUCAUUUUUACUUUUCCAAGCGGCAAAUAAAUCUAUAUCAGACUCCAUGAAGACGGGUCUCGUUAUUAUAAAUUCGAAGCUUCUGAAUUAAACAAAGCAAGAAAUGCAGGGAUACUUUUUAUAUGUAAUUGUUACCUAGGUUUGAUAUGAUGAAAACUCAUAUUUCAGGCAGGUACAAUAUUUAUAUAUGUAUAUAUAUAAAUUUUUUUAAAUUAAAACAGUAGUUUGAUUUAUAUGACUUCUGAAACGACACAUAAAAUACUUUGAUAUAUAAAUAUGUGUUUUGUAUCUGUUCGUCGAGUUCUCAAAGUAAUUGAAUUUAAAGUAAGUCCGAAUUGCCAAAUAAGAAAGGAAAUAGAUGUUGUUAUUUUUCUCUAAAAUACUGUUUAGUUGGUAAUAUUUGCGGGGAUAAAGUUUUCUAUAUUCGCGGUUACUAAAUAUAGCGCAAAAAUAAACACCCGACGAAUAUUAUCAUAUAUACCAGAAGAUAUAUAGACGUGUUUACCGCAAUAUAUCUACAUUUGUAAGAAACUGAAUUCCCGCAAACUCGAUCCGAUUGGAACAACUGCGAAAUUUAAGUCCCGUGAAGUUUGCCAACCUCACAGUAAGUUUCAGGAUAUAAGGAACAUGUGCCCUUAAGGUGAGAGCCUUAGAUAUAAUAUUUACUAGCCUUAACUAUUUUCUCUACCAGUAUUGUACUCCGACUACCGAAUAAUAAUGCUUUAUGUCCAUUGUUUUUUAACAUUUAUUAACGUGUUUAAUAUUAUAAUAUUAUACUAAUGUAUUGAUAACAAAUUGUGUAGACCGAAUACCAUGUAAUCCGUCAACUUGUAUACACCGGACAUUCAGAUAUGUCAGUAUUUGAUCAUUGGAUCCGAUUUUAUCGGGAAGUAUGUAGUGAUUUCUCAACACUUCGAAGUGUUGUCAUAGUGAUGUUUGGUUUAACCAUAGUGUACUAUAUACUAGUAAGUAUUCGAAUGCCAUUUGGUAAUAUAUGUUAUAGCCUGUUUCUAUAAAGUAGAAGUGUGAAUAAUAUGACCGAAUAAUAUAUAUUAUGAUCUGUUUCUAUAUAGUAGGUGUAUACGUCUAAUGUAAUCGUAAAAUGUAUGGUAUACUCUGUUUCUUAUAAGUAAUAAUAUGUAUUGUGUAAUCAUAUAUCAAAUGUUAUGAUCUGUUUCUAUUAAGUAGUAAUGUAUAUUGGUGAGGGUAAUAAUAGUCCUAUUUAAUCAGAGAUGUUGCACAUGUUUCCCGUGUCCCUGUCUGAUCCUAUUUCUAUCUUUGUCAUCUGCAGAAAAUUCUCUCUUCAAUAUUGUUUGCUGCCGUUCGUUUGUCUUGCUUGCAUUCUUCAUAUUCUAUAUGUAUUUCAAUGACCAUCCUUUUGACUACCAUGGGUUUCUGAUACCCUGCUUUCGUAACGUUAAUCAGUCUUGAAAACCUUUUAUGUAAAUCUGAUGUUUGAUUUUUAUUUUUAAUUAUUCUAUUAUUUCAAUUUCACCAAUAAUUUCUGCGAAUUUGACGUGCUUAUAAGCAAGACAUGUGGAGGUAAGGACGUUGACCAUUCCGAUUGAAGGAUAUUUAUAUUAUAGCAAAUUAUCUGUUAAUUCAGUACCAGGAAAAAUACUCUAUCUUUUAACCUUCGCCAUGUCUGCCCAAACAGAGGAGAGCGAAUGACGCAAUAUAGCUAACGUUACACAACUCUCUACUGUAAACUUCUCAUGAAAGGUCAGAGCGAAUUUUAAACAAUUGGAAAACAUACAUGAUUUGUCAUAGGGCGAAAUGUACAGUAGUUCUUUUUUAACAAUCAGCUGCUUACCAUAGCUGUGAAACAUUUACACAUUUUUUCCCAUAGGUUUAUUAAAUAUUUAUCUUAUUUUACAAAGACACAGGACUGUUGGUGAUUCUGUACCCCAGUCUGUUGACGUGUGUUUUUUUUUUUUUUUUUAUCUUUUCUUUCUUUUUUUCCUGACAGACAUUAGUGAUUGUCGUUACAUCUAAAACCAUCACUGCCUUUAUGAGUUAACAUCAAAUUAAAGCGGAAUAGUUUCCCGCAUUCAAUUACAUGUAGAAACCAGCAUGAACCGUUCAAAUUCCCCAUGAAAAAUAUCCAUUCCAAUGUAUUAAAUAUCUAACUAGUUAUUGCAUUUUAGAUCAUUUGGAAUUUUUCGUAAUUUUUGUUUCAAUAUUGAGCGAAUUCAAGAUUUUUGUUGGAGUUCAUUGCAGGAAAUAAUGUCUCCAAUACAUAUCUCACGAUUAAUUAUUUCCUGCCAUUUACCGGAAACAGAAAUGUAAUUUGAUGUUAAGUAGAAUAUUUCGGUACGUAUAAACAUUGUAUACCAAUGUUGCUAAUCACUUCCGUAGUUCUCUUUUCUCACUGGUGCAAUAAUAACUGAUUAAUUUAUAUAAUAUUUAUAUACGUAUAUAAUGUAUACAUACCUAUGUUACAUGUGUUUGUCAUUUUACCCUAUGUUUAUAUCUAAAUACUUUAUUGUUAUGAAAUUUCGUGAAAAAUUUAAUUAGGAUAUUUAUUUAGUUUCCCCAAAAAGUUAGAGAAGUAAAUAAUUGUUAUUUGUUAACAAAAGGUGUUCGGUCACAUUCUCAUUCGAACGAAAAUGUACACAUUUCCUUUUUUAUAUUCCUUACAAGUCGAAAAUAGUGUCUAAACAGUUUAAUGUUAUGUGAAAUAUAAACAUGUGACACUCCUGAAUUUUCAGGAAUAUUUUGGAAUUUUCCUUUUUUCCUUUUUGGUUGAAGUAUUUUCAUAUUAACAUGCUAAAUAUGCUAUUUAGGUUAAAUAGUCUGCUAACCUUUUAUUUGCAUACAUAUACGACAAUUAUAUAUAACAUUAUAAGCUUUGUAGAAACCUUACUUACCAAUGUUUUAUACAUGCACGUGACGUGUACGUGACCUAUGUUGAUAAAAAUACGUCUUUAUGUGAAUAUGACAUUAAAACAACAAUGAACCAAACAACAAUCAAUUGCGUCACAUUUAUUUAAAACAGAAAUAACCGUCGUUCUAAAGUUGUUGAUUAGCGCUAAUUUACGCUAAGUGAUUUCGAAUAAUAUCAUUUAUUUUAUAAUAUGAUACCCUAAACUCAUAGACAUUAUUGAUACCCCUUUUAAAUCUAAAUAAAUACAAUUAUUUUCUAAACAUAAUUUAAGGAAUAAUUGAAGAUAUUUAUAUAAAGUUAGAAACGUUUUAAAGAAAGAAAAGAAAAAACCUUAUUCAAAUUUCAAUUCUAGAAUUUUUUUAUUUCAAUUUUAUCAGAAAUGAAGAUUUUAAUCAUUUUUUGGGGAAAUAGUUGAAUUCAAAUAGGUAUAUUUUUAUUCCGUUGAUUCACAAUUUUAUCAGUGUAAGUCACGUAGAAUAUGCAUUCCCGUUAAACAUUAUGUUUGUUGAUGGAUUCUUUGUCUUAACAAUGACUUGCGAUCAUUAAAUGGUGUGUCCACUCUUUGGCCUAGCGAUGUCAAUCAGUCCAUUAAUAAUAAUAUUGUUUGUUUGUCUGUGCAGUUAUAGAGCACAAAACGACAAAGAUCAAACUGAUCUUUUACAGAAACCAAACGCCAUAUUAAUAUUUAAUACAUUUGGAGUGGUUAAAGUUAUCACAAACGAAAAUAACAAAAAAACAAAAGAGAUAAAUAUUAGCUUUGACCAAAAAAAAAAUCAAUUAAAAAAUUGUGAAAAAGCACAGUUGGAUAAAAUCUUGUUUAAAUUACUGGAAAAUAAAUUAAUAAUAUAUUUUCUCUAUAUGUAUAUUUAUUGUUGUUAUCAUUAUUAUAUACAUAUAUGUAUUUAGUGAUUCGAGGCCACAAAAUAGAAAAACUAAAACUUACUCCAUUUUAUGAGAAUAACGAUUGAUAUCGAUAGACUAUCAAGACAGGACAAUCUAAUUUAACAGUACCUUGGUACUGGAAUGACGUUUUCCCCUUUCUUUGUCAAAACAUUUUAAUUCGAGCCAUUUAAUUACUUAUAGCUUUAUUAUGGUUUAUAUACCCCAACCUAUAAUUACAAACGGGCCCAAAGUCAGCCAUUUUGUAGUCUACCCCUUCAUAACUUCUUAAUAACAAAUAAUAUAGCUUGGUUAUACACAAUGUUACAAAGUUUGAGUAUCCUGUAUUUUUCAUCUGUAUAAUUAUUUGAAUCCGCUAAUAUCUAAAUGUUUACAUGAAUGUUAGAUAAAAAAUAUGAUGAUUACAAGCCCUUCUUUAAUAGAAUAUUUUGCUUAGUAUUCCCCAUUCAUUUCAACACACAAGACUCGUCGACGAAAAAUCAAAACGUAUAAUCCACACAGUCAAUUCAUUCAACUUACUUUCUUAAAACCUGAAUGGAGCUGCCUUUCCCUCGUACCAUAUAUUUUAUUUUGAACUCUGCACCCUUGAGCUAUUGGAAUGUUUUAAUGGAAAUAACGCGUACUCAUACCCCGGUUGCGUGUUACAUUUUCUUUCUUUCUUUUUUUUCAAAUCACGUUAUGACGAAACACUUUUGAUGAACAAUGGCAAACUUCUCAUAAAAGGUAGAAGUGGCACUUGAAACUGAUUUUAGGCCUCGUAAAUAACAUUGAAAGUAAAAUUUUCGCAUAUAUAUGUGGUAAAGUUCACAGAGGUAUAUCCGUCCAUUUUCAAAUGAUGGUUUGAGCACAAAUUAUAAUGUUUUAUGGAUACUAGCCGGGUAAACUUUACAUUGACGUGGCGUUUGUGCCACUAUUUUAGGCCAGUUCGAGCUCUGUGUUGUCUGCCUUUUAAAAUAAAUAUUUUUUCCUAUAUCCAAAAAAGUGAAAAGUCAUACAAUAUAUUAAAGGGAAACCUUUAAUCGGUCAAUCAUCAACAAAAACAUUUGAGAAUUGUUAAACUGUUAAUGUGGUUAAAAGUUUUAUAUAAUGUGUGACACUUACCACCAGAAACAUCAUAAGGGAUGUCAACAGGGCAACAACAGAAUUUUAGGAUGUAUUUGCCCAAUACAUAUAUCGAUUUGUACAAUAUAAGACUGCAAACGUACACAAAUAUAAGCAUUUAAUUUAUCAGAAACAGAAAAACGCAAUAAUUGAAUUUUUUCAUUGACUGUGUUUAUAGGAUUAAUUAGAAUAACACCUCUGGAAGUAUUAAUAUUUUUGCAAACAUGUCAGUAAUGAUAUUUUAAUCAAACUAUGUACAAAUCAGAAUUAUAUCAAUUUUUGUCCGAAUUAUUUCAAUAUAUUCAUAUCUAAAAUUGUCAACUAUUUUAAUCUUCUAAAAUAAUUUAAAAUAUAUGUUGAAUAUUCAAGUUUAUAAAAUAUAUGUGUAUAAAAUCUAAGUUCGGAUAUAUUUUAUGUCAUCCAAUUUGCACCUUGUAUUCAUUAAAAUUUGUAAUUAAAACAACAUAUCUUAUUGAUCGCCUGAAAAUAAUCCUAUUUACGGAUAAGUUUGCUGUUUCAUGAUAAGUUUAUUGUAAGUCUUAAUUCAACAGCAAUAAUACUGUUACACGGAAUAUGUAAGAAAUGUAAUGUAUGUUUAAAUGUCAAUACUAAUGAAACUUUGGAUUGAAUAUUUCUUUAUUUUCUGCCGUAGUUCAAAGAAUGUUUUUAUUCACAAUCUGACUUUAUAAGAUUUUUUUUCUUUUGUUAGUAAUGUCUAAACUUAAAUAAAAAUAUAUUUUUGUAUUACAGUAACAGCAUCAUAGUAUUUGUCAGUAUUUGCUAAUUCUUGUUGAAUCUUUUUUCUGACUGGCAAAUCAAUUUCAUUUUAUGCUGAAAUUGUUUGAUAUUUUAAUGAUAAUGUAAAUAAACGGUUCGAAUAAUUUGUUUGUGUACAUGAUGAAAGUAAAACUGAUGAACAAAAUGUCAUUGUCAACUUCUAUGUUUGGAACUCUCCAACCAUAUAUAAAUAAAAUUGUAAUGAACGUG